GCGCGCGAAAGCUCUGCCCAAGUCUCUGUUACUGAGCGCACGCGCUGGCUCGAGCCAGCCUCCCCUCUUCUCACGUGACCCCUCUUCUCCUCUCCCUCUCGGCUCCAUAUUGAAUUUGAAACUGAAGGAAACGAGUCUGGUCACAAAAUGGAGGUAUCCAGGCCUGAAGCGUGUAAAAGCAACUAGAAGAAAGGGAGAACCUGGCUGCCUCCUAUAGUAACUGCUACUGCGUAAGAGGCAGAGAGGAAACUCCAGACGGUAGUAUAACAGGUUAAAAGGAGCAAUUGAGUUAGUGCAUCCUUCCAAAAUGUCUGGGAUCAAAGAGGAGAGAGAUAUUGAAGACUACAAGAGGAAAGGAAGAAGAUCUUCACAGGGCCAUGACCCAAAGGAGCCAGAACAGUUGAGAAAACUGUUCAUUGGAGGCCUGAGCUUUGAAACAACAGAUGAUAGCUUAAGAGAACAUUUUGAAAAAUGGGGCACGCUCACAGACUGUGUGGUGAUGAGAGACCCACAAACAAAACGUUCCAGAGGCUUUGGCUUUGUGACAUACUCCUGUGUGGAAGAGGUAGAUGCUGCAAUGAGUGCUCGACCACAUAAAGUUGAUGGGCGUGUGGUUGAGCCCAAGAGAGCAGUUUCUAGAGAAGAUUCUGUAAAGCCUGGAGCACACUUAACAGUAAAGAAAAUAUUUGUUGGUGGAAUUAAAGAAGAUACAGAAGAGUAUAAUUUAAGAGACUACUUUGAAAAAUAUGGCAAGAUUGAAACCAUAGAAGUCAUGGAAGAUAGGCAGAGUGGAAAGAAAAGAGGAUUUGCUUUUGUAACUUUUGAUGAUCAUGAUACAGUUGAUAAAAUUGUUGUUCAGAAAUAUCAUACUAUAAAUGGACAUAAUUGUGAAGUGAAAAAAGCACUUUCUAAGCAAGAGAUGCAGACUGCUAGCUCACAGAGAGGUCGCGGGAGUGGAUCAGGCAACUUCAUGGGUCGUGGAAGUUUUGGAGGAGGAGGUGGUGGUGGUGGUGGUGGUGGAAAUUUCAGCCGAGGAGGAAACUUUGGUGGCAGAGGAGGCUACGGUGGUGGUGGUGGUGGGAGAAGUGGAAGCUUUGGAAGUGGUGAUGGAUAUAAUGGAUUUGGCGAUGGUGGGAACUAUGGAGGUGGCCCUGGUUACAGUAGUAGAGGGGGUUAUGGUGGUGGUGGUGGAGGAGGACCAGGAUACGGAAACCCAGGUGGUGGAUAUGGUGGCAGUGGUGGUGGUGGAGGAGGAGGUGGAUACGAUGGUUACAAUGAAGGAGGAAAUUUUGGUGGCGGUAACUAUGGUGGCAGUGGAAACUAUAACGAUUUUGGCAAUUAUAGUGGACAACAGCAGUCAAACUAUGGACCCAUGAAAGGAGGUGGCAGUUUUGGUGGCAGAAGCUCAGGCAGUCCCUAUGGUGGUGGUUAUGGAUCUGGAGGUGGCAGUGGUGGCUAUGGUGGCCGAAGAUUCUAAACUGAACCAGAAAAAGGGUGGGCUACAGUUCUUAGCAGGAGAGAGAGAGCGAGGAGUUGUCAGGAAAGCUGCAGGUUACUUUGAGACAGUCGUCCCAAAUGCAUUAGAGGAACUGUAAAAUCUGCCACAGAAGGAACGAUGAUCCAUAGUCAGAAAAGUUACUGCAGCUUAAACAGAAAAACCCUUCUUGUUCAGGACUGCCAUAGCCACAGUUUGCAAAAAAGUGCAGCUAUUGAUUAAUGCAAUGUAGUGUCAAUUAGAUGUACAUUCCUGAGGUCUUCUAUCUGUUGUAGCUUUGUCUUUCUUUUUUUUUUUUUUUUUUUUCUUUCAUUACAUCAGGUAUAUUGCCCUGUAAAUCGUGGUAGUGGUACCAGGAAUAAAAAACAAUUAAGGAAUUUUUAACUUUUCAAUAUUUGUGUAGUUCAGUUUUUCCACAUUUUAGUUCAGACUUUAACAAAAAUAAAGAAAUGUAGUUUAGGGUGUUUCUUGUUAAUAGAGAAGAUUGAUGCAUUUCUCAAUUACCAUUUUGUGUUAACUUUAACUGUAGAAACACCUGCUGAUUUGCAGUCUUAAGGGGUCUAGUCUCAAUGUAUAUAUAACUCACAUUGACAUGAGUUAUAUAUAUGCAAAUAGAGAACAUAUGUUGCAUAAUAGUUUGUUUAGAUGUAUUAGGAUUGAGUUAUUUAAACUAGUGUUUGUGAAUGAUAGAAUUAAGCUUACUUUCAAAUGAAAAUUUCAAAUUA